AUGUUGAGUUGGUGCGGAAACAUUCUAAGCACCCCUCCCGCCGCCAGAGCCAACCACAUCGAAGUCGGUAGGGGACAGUGUGGAACGGUGCUUGCAUUGAACGACACCGAUUCCGUCGUAAAGAUACCCAACUCUCCUGCCAAAGAAGAUGAGCUUUUUACCGACUACCAGAUCCAUUACUCAGUAUACAGCACUCUGGCCCCUCUCAGCUCCGUAAACAUAUCGGUCCCUCGGCCUGAAGCAUGGAUCACGCGCGGGAGUACAAUCUGGUUUUCAACAGCUUCCUGCUUCCCUAAAGGAAUCCCGUCUAUCCCAAACUACGGUCUCAUCUCGAAGCGCAUCCUGUCUGUGCGUCUCUGCUUCCGCGAAGACAUCGUAGACCUACUAUGCCCCAAAGCAAUCAAAACAAUCAAAACCAAAUUUCUCGCGAGACAUGAGAACAAUGAUUGCCUAGUAAGACUCUAUCUAGGCCGGCGCAGUUGCACGUCGCAUAGGGAAGCCGGAUGUUUCCAGCUUCGUAACUUUCCACUUCACGUCAACGAGAUGAAACGACUCGGGUUACGUCCAGAACGCUACGCUGUCACCAUGGCACAGACUCUAGCUUUCCUCCACUGGAAAGUUGGCAUCGAUGCAAACGAUGUAGAAUUCGUCCUUGGAGGCGGCCAUCUUGUCAGUAGUAGUUAUCCAAGCGAACAGGAAGUCCGUGCAGCUACAAAGGAUACAGCAGGGAGAUUGCAUAUGACCAAUCUCAGAAAUGAACAGACAUCGAUGUGGCUACUGGAUUUUAAUCAGUGCCAGCGUUUUGAGUAUCAUGCGGAUGACGAGGCAGGGUGCAAGGAGGUAAUGAAGAAACUGGUCGAGGGCUUCUGGUUCAAUGAUCCAUAUUACCCGCGUCCCACUGCCACCGACGAGGGAGACAAGAAACUUUGGGGUGUAUUUGUAGAGCAUUAUCUCAAAACGAAUGCGGAGCAUGUUUCUCAUCAAGGACCAAGGGAAUUCAUCGAGGCUGUAGUAGAGAAGGGUAAACAACGGUCGGAAAGUUCUUUGUUUAGUUCAUAA